AUGGCUCAGACUAAAUCCAGAGGAAGAAGAGCAGAAAAGAAGAAGCAGGAAGAACAACAACAUCAACAGCCAGUUGAAGAAGUAACCGAAAAGACUUCUGUUCCAAACACAUUUUUCGGUCUUGUUGAUUCCAAUGAAUUAGAUUAUUUCAAACAGGCCGAAUCCACCCUCAACAUAAACGCAUUCGACAGCGAUGAAGAACGUCUUGGGUUCAUCAGCUCCGUGUUCGAGGAAUCAAAGGGAAAAGAGUUGAAAUUGGUGACUAACCAAAUCUGUUCCAAGUUGAUGGAGCGUUUGAUCUUGUUUGCCGAUCCCGACCAGUUAAAGACCUUGUUCAGGGCAUUUUCUAAUCAUUUCGUGUCAUUGAGUUUCAACAAGUAUAGUUCGCACGUGUUGGAGACAUUGUUGGUCAGAUCAGCUGCCUUGAUCGAGAAGGAGUUGUCGUUGGAAGCAAAUGAGAUUCCUAUGGAGGACUUGUUCGUGUCCAUGCUAGGUGAGUUCAAGCCACAGUUGACCUCCAUGGUAAAUCAUCAGUAUGCAUCACAUGUGUUGAGAUUGUUGAUACUUAUACUUUCUGGAAAGGAAUUACCUAGUUCGACACUCUCCAAUUCGAUCUUAAGAUCUAAGAAGUCCAAGAUCGCCAGAAAGAUGAUCGAGAUUAAGGAUAAUGAGGAUUUCAACAGUGCAUACUCGACACCACCUUCAUUCAAGAACGAGUUGCGCGAGUAUUCCAGUAUUAUAGCUAAGGACGUGGAUAUGAAGCGGGCCAGGGAGUUGUGUAUUGAUAAAGUUGCUUCUCCCGUGUUGCAACUCUUGGUGCAAGUGGAAGGAUUGGUUGAUCGAGAAAGAACAUUCUGGCAUUUGAUUUUCUGUAAGGAUAAUGAAGACAAGAAUGGAACUGAAGAAGCAUUUGUCGAGUACUUGUUGAGUGACCCAGUUGGAUCCCACUUCUUGGAGGCCGUGAUUAAGAAUGAUGGUGCCAGACCAAAAUAUAUUGAACGAUUAUACAAGCUUUACAUGAAGGACCGUGUAUUGAAAUUGGCCAAUAGGUCAACUACUGGGGUAUAUAUCAUCCAAGCAUUGCUCUUCAAGUUGAAGCCUGUGGAAGUCGAGUUCAUUCUUGAUGAAAUCAUUCCAGAAUUCUCAAACUUGAUUAGUGUUUCCGAAACUCAUAACUUAGAUUUAGCUCAAAAGUUAAUCGACGCCAGUAUUUCUCGCGGGAAUUACCGUCGUGAUGAGAUUAUCUCACAAUUAUUCAAAAAGUUUGCGCCAAACUAUAACUUAGACAACCCAGUUGAAAGUUCCACCGAGUUCCUCGAGAAUGUUCUUCAGUUAACCGGCUCUACUUUGGGUAACACACGCGGGGACUGGCCCACUGCUGAGGAAAGAAAGAGAUCACUCUUUCUCGAAAAGCUUAUGGAGUACGAUUACAAAUUCGUCGUUUGUGUGUGGUUGAAUUUCAUGGCUUUACCCAUUGAAAAAUUCAUCCAAAUGUGUUUCCACGGUGUGUUUUCCCACGUUGUUGAACAAUCCUUGGUAGUUAUUCCUGCACUGGAAGGUGAGCCCAAGCCUACCCUCAUUCUCAGAAAGAGAUUGUUGAAUAUCUUCCAAGGAAAAAUCGUCGAGUUGAGUUGUAAUUCAUAUGGUUCCCAUAUUGUCGAUACUUUAUGGAAGUUCACGAUUUUGUUGCCAAUGUACAAGGAUAGAAUCGCCAGUGAGUUACUCAGCGAAUCAAAGAAAGUCAAGGAGAGCACAUACGGACGAUUAGUAUGGAAGAAUUGGUCCAUGGAAUUAUUCACGAGAAAGAAGUACGACUGGAAGUCCCUCGUUAAACAACAAGAAACUGAAUACUUUGGCGAAACCGAAGAAAGAACCAAGAAACCAAUCGAAUUGAAGUUGGAGAAGUUGGCUGAAGAAAAGAAGAGAAAGGAAGAGGAAGCAGAACGCGCCGAAAGUGGAUACGCUAAACGUAAGUUGGAACAAGAACUUGGUUCUACUCAUGAAAAGAAACAGAAGCUUAGAGGAAGAAGACGUUGA